AUGAGAUUCCAUUCCAGUAAAAGUCCGACGCAAAUCAAUAAAAGGCAUAGGGAUGAUCAAUGGAAUCCUCGAGCAAAUGCACCUCUUAAUUUCAAGAAGUUCAUUUUACUAACUGAGGGAAUCUCCCCAGAUGAUGCACCAAAGAAGUAUCAAGCAUACUUAAUGUCGUUCCUAGCAUCUGAAAUCAAACGUUUCUAUGAUGCAUAUGAAAACUUACCAUUUUUCCGGGAGAAAUAUCACCCAUAUUACUUGAAGUUGGAGCACGAGUUGUUUAAACAAUCAUAUUUGAACAAUAAUAAGUUGCUGAUUGAAAGUAUUUCUGCCGGACAAUUGGCUGGAAUCCAAUUGCAAGUCAGCUAUGAUCUAUUGUAUGGCAAGUAUUCAGAUUCCUCCGAAAAUGAAUCUUAUGCCAUGCCCCAAUGGGCAUAUGAACUUAUCUUGGAUAAACCGCCUGAGUCACAGACUGUGAAUCGCUUACUUUUAAACUCUCCAUUGGAAUCUGUUCUGCUAGUUGACAUACCCGAUUAUGCUUUCAAAACACAAAUAGUUGAUAUUUUGAAGACUGAAAUUGAGAUUUUUGAGAUUUAUAUUGCCGAACGAAUUGGUGGUAGAACCGUAUUUAUAUGUGUACCACAUUCGGUGAAUCUGGAAAGCAUAUCUAAAAAGCUUAAUGAACAAAACCACUUCAUUGGCGACUAUGUUCUCAAGUUUGAACCGUGCAAACCAAUUAAAGAUAAAACACGGGUUCGUGUUUGCCCACCCAUUUGUUCACAUCCAGCUAGAAUUCAACGAGAUCUUUACCUAACUUCAAAACUCAUACAAAAGUUAGACGAUGAAGUUAGUAAAGGUAUGCAAAUUGAUAAGAACCAAAGCUUCUUGAACUCAUUACCUUCUGAUAUAAAUGACCAACAGAAAUUGGACCUACAAUUAUUCUACUUGAGACGAGUGCAUUAUUAUUGUUACUAUGGAAGAAUGAAAUGUCCCAGUUACAUGGACCUAUGGGAUAAAUUUGGCCCUGGCCACAUGAGAGUGGAUCUCAAAAAUGACAUCAAACCUACUGAACUUAAUGAGGGCCUAUCCAAUACUGUAGUGAAGGUUAAUUUUGCUUCGUGGCAAAACCCUGUGGCAGAUAAACAAAAUAUUUUAGAUUCUAAUAUGGAAGGUAUUGACUCUGAAGAUAUGGACUCCAUUGAGUCCUAUGGCGAUUGGCAAUCUAUGAUUGAAACCGAAGUUUCCAAAAACGGUUAUACUGUAUCAAAAUCCCAAAUUCAAUGGCUGAAGGAUGUGGAGGACUAUGCCAAAAUGGUGUUGGAAACGGAUAUCAAACCACCCGAAAUGGAUGCUAACAAUGAGGAAAUUGAAAAAAGGUGGGAACAAUUUUGCCAUGUACACACUCUGGCGGAUGCCCCGGAGCGAUUUAGGUGCAAAUUAUGCCAGAAGUUAUUUAGUGACUCUAAAUAUGUAUGGAAGCAUUUGAAGCUAAAACAUUUUGACAAACAUAGUGAUAUUGUUGUACAGUCUGGGAUGAGUGACAUGAAAGAUCUGUUCUUUUGGUCCCACGGAGAAUCCAAAACCAAUCCCUUUGAAUCUCUAGUUCAAAUACCACCGAUACUGGACGCUACUAGUAGAAAUAAACCAGUAAAAGAUUACGCCAAAGAUGCCUCUAGAAUGGCAUUAGAAAACUGGGACCUAUCACAAAUGAAAUCCGGUCCAUUAUUCAAGGGGGAUACGUCAUUUUACAAUCGUAAAAGGAACAAGGAAUAUCACGACUUUGAUAAGCCAGAUCCCAAACAAUCCAUGGCAGUUUUUACUCCCGAAGUCUACAGCAGGCCUACAGUCAAGUAUGAUGAUUUGUAA